UAUGAAUUAAUUCCGACAAUUAAAAAAAACCAUUUCCCUCUCACUUUUGCAGCGAUUCUCUUGCGGGGAAAAAAUGGUGAUGAUGAGAUACACAACUCUAACAAAUUCCGUCAAAACCCUAUUCCGGUUUCAACUCCAUUCUAUCGCAACCCUACAUUCCUCCGUUUCCCGUCAACCCACCGCUCAUAGCUUCUACUAUGGAAGCUUCAGGUACAUCUCCUCUGCCCCAAUCCACGUUGACCAAGAAGCUUCUACUGAUAAUCGCGUUCCAGCUACAAUUCUAACUGGUUUUCUUGGCUCUGGAAAGACUACUCUUCUGAAUCAUAUUCUCACAUCCCAACACGGCAAGCGGAUAGCUGUGAUUGAAAAUGAGUUUGGCGAGGUUGAUAUUGAUGGAUCACUGGUUGCUAGUCAUUCUUCUGUGAGUGGUGAAAAUAUUAUCAUGGUCAAUAAUGGCUGCCUAUGCUGCACUGUGCGAGGAGAUCUAGUUAAAAUGCUGUUGGAGUUGGUUAGGAAAAAAAGAGACAAUUUUGAUCACAUUGUUAUUGAAACCACAGGUCUUGCAAAACCAGCCCCUGUUAUUGAAACUUUCUUCAGUGAUGAACUAGUUUCUGAGUAUGUUAAACUGGAUGGAGUUGUGACUUUAGUUGACUGCAAGCAUGCCAUGCAACAUUUGAACGAGGUGAAACCAAGAUUUGUAGUCAAUGAGGCAGUUGAACAAGUCGCAUAUGCUGACCGAAUUGUUUUGAACAAGAUAGAUUUGGUUACUGAAUCCGAGUUAAAUAUAUUGACCAAGAAAUUAAAGCACAUUAAUGGAAUGGCACAAAUUAAGCAAGCUAAAUUUGGAUCUGUUGACAUAGACUUUGUUCUAGGUGUGGGAGGAUAUGAUCUUCAGAGAAUUGAAUCUGAGGUAGAUGGAGAAUGCCCCUCUACAGCGAGCCACCCAGAUGAUUGUGGGAAUGGUACUUAUUUAAAAACUUCACACAAAGGGCAUCAUCAUCAGCAUAAUCAUGAUCACGUGCAUGAUUCUGCCGUCACUAGUGUCAGCAUUGUUGCGGAGGGAACUCUUGAUCGUGAUGAGGUUGAAGAUUGGCUUGAAAGAUUGGUUGAAGAAAAGGGAGAGGACCUAUACAGAAUGAAAGGUGUCCUGUCAGUGGAUGGUUCUGAACAACGAUACGUGUUUCAGGGGGUGCAUUCUAUGUUGGAUGACAGCCCAGGAAAAACAUGGGAAUCCAACGAAAAGAGGAUAAACAAGCUUGUGUUCAUUGGAAGGAAUUUAGAUGAAACUGCCCUCAGAAAAGGCUUCAAAGGCUGUCUAGUCUAGUAUUAUCAUCACAUGCUUUGGUUGUGCAUGGCAAAAGUAAUUGAAAUCAGUAUAUUAGAUGGUGAUCAAGAGUGUUGUUAUUGAGAAAAAGCGAAAAACAAAAAUUAAACAUUAAAUUGACAUUUGAUAUCCAAGAUAUCCAGUUUAUUCCCAA